AUGGCCAAUCUAGGAUCGACGCCCUCGAAUGUGUACAUCCGCCCGGUGUCGACUGUGGAUUCGCCAGCGCUGUCGCGCAUUUGCCUCCUCACGGGAGACGCAGGUGUCUCAGCAGAGCCAUUGCACAACUUUCCAGAGCUGCUAGGGCUCGUCUAUGCCGAACCCUACGCACAGCUGUCUCCCACGUUCGGCUUCGUGAUGGUCGACCGCACCAAAGACGACGCAGUCGUCGGAUACGUGCUGGGAACGCCCGACACGCGCGCAUUCGAAGCUCGUGCGAACGCGGAGUGGUACCCCCGCGUGCGGGCCAAGUACGCGAACCCGCCUGCGCACCCGCACGACCCUUCCCUGAGGCCUGCGAAGGAAGCAGACGCACGAUACGUGCAUCUCUUGCACAACCCGCCGCGCGCUUCUGUGGAGGCUGUCACGUUUUCUCCUGCGCACCUGCACAUCGACAUCUUGCCGGAGUACCAGAGGCAGGGAUGGGGGCGGAGGCUGAUUGCACGGGCGGUGCGGUAUCUGAGGGAACAGAACGGGUUGGACUGCCUGUGGUUGGGCUUAGAUCCGCGAAAUGUAGGCGCGAAGCUAUUCUACGAGAGGCUGGGUUUCAAAGUACUCGACGGCGCUCCCGCGGGGACUAUGGGUUUGAUAUUCGAAGACUUCAACGGCGAGGAUCGGGUGUAG